CCCACCGGCCGCCUGGUCUCCCGCAGCGCUUGCAGCGCGGGGCGGGCGCGCGCUCGCGGACGGAGUUCGGGGUUCCCCCGGAGCUCGCGGGGACCGGCGGAGGCAAAGGACCCCCGAGGAUGAUGGGCUGGCGGGGCUUCGGCUGCCUCCUCCUGCUGGCGCUCGCCCUGGCGUUGUCCGUGGGCGGCGAGGCCGGGCACAACUGCGAAGAAGUUGGCAAACUUUUCCAGGGGCGCACGGCGGGACCUGUCAAGGGGCUCCCCGAGUCUCCGCGGGCAGGACCCGACCUGCAGGUCUGCAUAGCCAAAAAUCCUACAUGCUGCACCAGGAAGAUGGAGGAGAGGUACCAGGUUGCUGCUCGCCAAGACAUGCAGCAGGUGCUUCAGACAUCCAGCUCUGCUCUGAAGUUCCUCAUUUCUCGGAAUGCAGCUGCCUUUCAAGAAACGCUUGAAACGCUCAUCAGACAAGCAGAAAAUUAUACCAGUAUACUUUUUUGCAACACCUACAGAAAUAUGGCCUUAGAGGCGUCUGCUUCUGUGCAGGAGUUCUUCCUGGAUGUUGGACUCUAUUUAUUUGGUGCUGACGUUCACCCUGAUGAGUUUAUAAACCGAUUCUUUGACAGUCUUUUCCCUCUGGUCUACAAUCAUCUCAUUAACCCUGAUGUGACCGACAGUUCUCUGGAAUACUCAGAGUGCAUCCGGAAGGCCCGCCGGGACAUUAAUCCAUUUGGGAAUGUUCCCAAGAAGGUGUUAGGGCAGAUGGGACGGUCACUCUUGCCCAGUCGCACGUUUCUGCAGGCCCUGAAUCUGGGCAUCGAAGUCAUCAAUACCACGGACCAUCUGCAUUUCUCUAAAGACUGCAGCAGGGCACUCCUGAAGAUGCAGUACUGCCCCUUCUGCCAGGGCCUUACUGCCAGCAAGCCUUGUAUGGGAUAUUGCCUCAAUGUCGUGAGAGGCUGUUUGGCCUACAUGGCUGAGCUGAAUCCACACUGGCAUGCAUACAUCCGGUCGCUGGAAGAGCUGUCCAAUGCCAUGCAUGGAACCUAUGACAUUGAACAUGUGCUCCUGAACUUCCACUUGCUGGUUAAUGACGCUGUGAUGCAAGCUCAUGUCAGUGGGCAACAAUUACUGGAGCAGGUAAAUAAGAUUUGUGGCCGUCCAAUCAGAACACCCACACAGAGUCCCCGGUGUUCUUUUGAUGGGAUCAAAGAGAAUCAUGGGAUAAAGAUCGCUACAAGAAAUGGUGAAGAGACACUGGCCAACAGAAGAAAAGAAUUUAUCAACAGCCUUCGGCUAUACAAGACAUUCUAUGGAGGCUUGGCUGACCAGCUUUGUGUGAAUGAAUUAGCAACUUCUGAUGGACUGCCCUGCUGGAACGGAGAAGAUAUUGUGACAAGCUAUACACAGCGUGUUUUUGGAAAUGGAAUAAAAGCUCAAGCUGGGAAUCCUGAAGUCAGAGUCAAAGGUUCUGAUCCAGUGAUCAAUCAGAUUAUUGAUAAACUGAGGCAUGUUAUUCAGCUGUUGCAGGGAAGGUCGCCAAAACCUGUCAAGUGGGAAGUCCAGAUGGGCAGUGGUGGUGGUGCAGUGGAGCAGGUCAGCGGGGACUGCGAUGACGAAGAUGGCUGUGGGGGCUCCGGAAGUGGAGAAGUCAAGAGGACUCUAAAAAUCACAGACUGGAUGCCAGAUGAAAUGAACCUCAGUGAUGUCAAGCAGAUUCAUCAAACAGACGAAGGCCAUACCUUAGACACAACUGGAGCAGGAAAUACCGUGAUGCCUGAAUCCCUGUCAUUUUCUCUGAUGGGUGUGGUGAUGUUCCUUCCUGGGCUUUGGUGACUGAAAACUCUGCCCAGCUACAUGCAAUUUAUUGGAGUCUUGUUUCGCCCUUUCUUCAUAUGCCAGGAGUAGGAUUCAUUUCUAAUGUAAUAAUAUUUGUGAAAAAGGUGUGUCCCACUAACUUCUUAGAAACUAAGUUGGAAUGUUCAAAAGGAUCUUUUUAAAAGGCUGGGUUUCAAUCCGAGCCUCUUGAAACACCUCCUCUAGAAAUUUUAUUUAACUUUCUUAAAUUCUAACUCUUGAAAUCUGCAAAUGUGAAGAACACAAUGACUUUGUUCAUUCUUCUUAAUCUAAUUAGCCUCUAUUGCAAACCCUGUCCAUUCUGAAAGAAAUGUUUUGUGUUGAAGUUGCAUCUGCAGGACAAUGAAAAUACAAAGCAUUUCUUAAAACGCAAAAGAUAGAAUUCCAUUAAGUCAGUCUAAACAGGAGCAAGUAGUCUGCAUGCAUUUUCAAGAGAUUCUUUCACAUUUUUUUUCCCAAGCUAUAGAAACAUACAACUGAAAAGUCUGUAAAUUAUUGACUACCAAGAAGUAUUUCUUAUAAUUUCAUAGAAGCAGUUUGAUCGUUUUUAUUCACUGUAAUUUAGCCACAGGCAAAAGUUAAAGUUGAGUAUUUUGAUAGUAUAUGAGCUGUAUUCCAUAAUAUUUGAAAUGCAUCAGUGGUUUCGUGGCUAUCUUCCUUCCUUUCUCUGGCUAUUAUAUUUAGCUAUGUUGCAAAGCAAAUGCCUGCUCUAGGAAUAUCUUGAAUAAAGUUGCCUAUUCAUUGAACAGAAAA